AUGUUAUCCAGCAAAAGUUUCCUCGCAAUACCCCUUAUGCCAUUACUAGCCUCAGCGGCCGCUGCUUUGAGUAUCAACACGACUACCGCUACACCCAGUACCAAUACUACGGCGACCUCUUCAACCAACUCCAGCACUACGGGAAUAUCCGAAGGAACUGAUACCAACAAAACUAAAUCGGUAAGAUUACAAUUGAAUCACAAUACCACCAAGUGCCUAUCGGCUAUAAUGGAUUCAGAUGGGUACGCUCAGCCUGAACUGACAUUCGUGCAAAAUUGUACUUAUUCUACUGUAUGGGUUGUGCCGUUCGAUUUCGACCAACAGCCUGGAGAAGUAGUUUGUGGAGAAUGUAAUGAACUGCCGAUAUUGGAUGGUGGGAAAUAUGGGAAUCAAACUAAUCAGACUGUCUUGGCUAUGCCUGAUGAACAACGUAUGGGACAGAAAUGGAUGAUAGAUUCCGAUCAACGAAUCUCCCUUCGACCACCUACCGAUCCCACCAAAGCCACAUUUUGCCUCGGCGAGACCAUCGAUGAUAAAGGUGGGUCAUAUGUCAGGACGGAAUAUUGUGGGGAUGGACCUGAUUCCGGUGGAUCAAAGAUCAAUCAGAUUUGGAAUCUGAUUGAUGUGGAAAAAGAUACGUAA